CUCGCGCCUCUCCAGCCUCACAGCCGCAUCCCGCACGUGAUCUCCAUGGAAACGUCAUCACGCGUAUAGGAAGUCAUCCUGUUGCUAUAGCUGCGCGCUAGCUGAGCAUGGCAGCGAAGGUAUUUGGAAGGAGGGCUGACCCUGCUGAGCUCAGAUCCAUUUUCCUGAAGUAUGCCAGUGUUGAGAAAAAUGGUGAACACUACAUGUCUCCAGAGGACUUUGUGUCCAAGUUUCUCCAUGCCCACACAGACAUAAAACUGUCCAAAGAGGCGACAGCUCUGUUGGCAGGUGUUGUGAACCAGACCAAAAAUGGGCUGAUCUCCUUUCAAGAGUUUGUGGCCUUUGAGUCCGUGCUGUGCGCUCCAGAUGCCCUCUUCAUGGUCGCCUUCCAGCUCUUUGACAAAACUGGCAACGGCGUGGCCACCUUCGAUGAUGUAAAACAAGUGUUUGGACAAACUACUAUCCAUCAGCACAUCCCCUUCAACUGGGACUCGGAGUUUGUUCAACUUCAUUUUGGCAAAGAAAGGAAAAAACACUUGAACUAUGGGGAGUUCACACAGUUCCUGCUGGAGAUGCAGCUGGAGCAUGCCAGACAGGCGUUUGCACAGAGGGACAAAGCCAGGACUGGAACCAUCACUGCUCUGGACUUCAGGGACAUCAUGGUCACCAUCAGACCUCAUAUGCUCACGCCAUUCGUGGAAGAGUGCUUGGUGGCAGCAGCCGGUGGCAGCACGUCGCACAAGGUCAGCUUCUCCUACUUCAACGGCUUCAACUCUCUGCUCAACAACAUGGAGCUCAUUAGGAAGAUCUACACCACCAUGGCAGGACAUCGCAGAGAUGUUGAAGUCACUAAAGAGGAGUUUAUCAUUGCCGCUCAGAGGUUCGGUCAGGUGACCCCCAUGGAGGUGGACAUCCUGUUCCAGCUGGCUGACCUCUCUGAGCCGCGCGGUCGUGUUGGUUUAGUUGACAUCGACAAGAUUGCACCUCUGGAGGAGGGAGCCCUGCCUUACAACCUUGCUGAGGUCCAGAGACAGCAGUCUGGUGGCGACUUGUCUCGCUCUGUUUUGAUCCAGAUAGCUGAGUCGGCCUACAGGUUCACACUGGGCUCAGUGGCUGGAGCUGUAGGGGCUACAGCAGUGUAUCCCAUUGACCUGGUGAAGACUCGCAUGCAAAACCAGCGCUCCUCUGGUUCCUUUGUGGGAGAGCUGAUGUAUAAGAACAGCUUCGACUGCUUCAAGAAGGUGGUGCGCUACGAGGGCUUCUUUGGUCUCUACAGAGGCCUGGUACCACAGCUUCUGGGCGUGGCCCCCGAGAAAGCCAUAAAGCUUACAGUAAAUGACUUUGUGAGAGGGAAAGCUAUGCAGAAAGAUGGGACAGUCCCCCUGCACCUCGAAAUCCUGGCUGGUGGAUGUGCUGGUGGCUCGCAGGUGAUCUUUACCAACCCACUGGAGAUUGUGAAGAUCCGGCUGCAGGUGGCAGGAGAGAUCACCACAGGGCCACGCGUCAGCGCUCUCUCAGUCAUCCGUGACCUGGGCUUUUUUGGCCUUUAUAAGGGCGCAAAGGCCUGCUUCCUGAGGGACAUCCCCUUCUCGGCGAUCUACUUCCCCUGCUACGCACACGUCAAAGCGGGCCUAGCUGACGAGGAGGGCCGGGUGGGGCCUGGCAGGCUGCUGCUGGCCGGGGCGGUGGCGGGUAUGCCUGCAGCAUCCCUGGUGACUCCUGCUGAUGUUAUCAAGACCAGGUUACAAGUGGCAGCCCGUGCAGGCCAGACUACGUACAAUGGACUCAUUGACUGUUUCUGGAAGAUCCUGCAGGAGGAGGGACCUCGUGCUUUCUGGAAAGGAGCUGGAGCGCGAGUGUUCCGCUCUUCGCCUCAGUUUGGUGUUACACUGGUGACCUAUGAGCUGCUGCAGAGGUGGUUCUACAUCGACUUUGGUGGACACAAGCCAUCUGGAUCAGAGCCACCUCCUAAGUCUCGAAUCAGCCUGCCGGCGCCCAACUCCGACCACAUUGGUGGCUACAGGUUGGCCGUGGCCACGUUCGCUGGCAUCGAGAGCAAAUUUGGACUGCAUCUACCCAGAUUUCAAGUUACUGCCACUCCCCCUUCGGACCACCCUUGAGGCUAAUCUGCCCACCUGUGGGUGGCAGUACUGCGCAUUAGGUUGUACUGAAACACACAUACACACACACACACACAAACUCAUGCUUGCUCUUCCUGCUCACUUUUUCAGAAGUCACACAGACUUUGAACUUAUUUUAUGAGUGCAGUCUGAGUAAUUGCUUUAAAGUAUGAUGGAAAAUGAGUUGAUAUGAAGCAGAAUAUUUUUUUUAAUCUCUUGGGAUUUCUUCCUAAGGUUCCAGUUGUUCACUGGGGAUUGUAGUGUGUUUGAACUGAUUUUAUAUGUAAAAUGUGAAGUGAUGCAUUGCAUUCUAGGAUUUCAGCUGUUCAGCAUAUAUCUCUAACUGUCAUUAAGUGUGUAAGGUACUGAUGCAGCUGAAAUAUAAUUGAAUAAGGGUUGCUCCGUAAGUUUACUCAAUUAAUUAGUCCUCCUUUUUUGAAUAUAUCAUGACUGAGGCAAUUCAGAGGUCUAUAAGUGACAAGCAAAUCAAAUGAUUAAGGAAAGUGUGAUUGUUUCAAGUCUGAAAUAGCACAAUCGUAUCAGGAUGCAGCUGUGUGAAUAAAGAUGUAUUUUUUGUAUAGCUGUUCUCUUAUGUUUCCAUAUAUAUUCAGUGUUUUGCUGCUUCAAAGCACUUGCAUUAUUCUCCUGUUUUUUUCCUGGACUAGACUUGCAUUUAAUUUCAUUAAGUCACAGACCACUCCUUAUUUAUUUAAUCUCUAGGCCAUUAAUUACAUGCUAUUCAGUGUCAAUAAAAGAGCAAAAAACAUUUAACAGAACAUUGCACAAGCUUCAACAACAAAAUAUCCACCUUUUGCCUUCAUUAUAGCCUCCAUUUUCCUCAGCAGACCUGGUUUUAGUUUUUCAAAUAAUCUGCAGGGAUAUUUUUUCACACCUCCAAAGUUCAGUCUCAGAAGUUGGUUACAUUUUCUGCGUCUCAGUCCAUGUAUUCACAAUUACAAAUUUAAAGCUUUUAGAUGACUAGAUUUCAGAUGUCCAGUUUUGUUGUUCUAGUGCGAAUGUUCUUUUCUCCGUAACGGCUUCUUGACAGCUACACAUUCUUUCAGGCUCACGUUGUGGACUGACAGACAGACAGUAAGACCUAUGGACUUCUUUAGAUCUGAAGAAAGAGUUGUUUUUUUUUCCUCUAAUGUCUCAGAUAUGUAAGCUUUACUGUUUAUCUGAAGGGAACACUUUGGGUGAUCUACCAGUUCUUGCAUGGUUGCUAGUACAAUGAAGUUAAAAGUCCCAUUUUUAUUCUGUUUUUUUUUUCCAUUUAUUUUGCUUUAACGUUCCCCUUCUUUAUGCAGGUGGAUUAUCUUAUAUCUAAUCCCCUUUAGAUAGUCCCAUCUUGUAUGCAUAUAAUUGUGAAUGUUAUUGUUUCUUUAAAGGGUAACAAUGUCAGUGAGAGGGAGCAGCUUUUUGUUGAGUAACUUGUUGGUUUUAAGAUUGAAAGGAUAGAAGAGUCAAAGUGGCAGUAGAGUGCACAAAAGUAAAGACAGCAAAUAUCAUGAUAGACUUGAUAUUCUACUUGGUGUUGAAAGUUUUUAUGUAUUUUACAUGUUUUCUGGUUAUUUUUGACAUUGAAAGCUACAACUUUAAUUGGAAAUUAAAUAAACAAUGGGUGGUUUCUGA